GAAUCAUGGCGUACACGGGAUGAGCACGUUUUUAACGCGUUUUGAACGAUCAUCGAAAUCAUCAUUCACGACUGUUCACGUCAUCAUCGUUCACAUCGACAUCAGCAGUUCGACCAGGAUUGCGUACACGUACCACCGACAAGCGCACAGUUUUUUGAUUAAUCGCGCGUCUCAAGCUGUGAAUUUCUAACCUAUGUACAUGUAACUACCUGUCCUUAUCAAGAGCCAGGAUUUGCGAGCUUAAUCUCGCAGGAAAACCUAGAACUGAAAUUCUAGUAGUUGCAGUCACAAGAUUAGGAAGAGUCGUGCGACCUCCUCAAUAUCCAGCGACUAAUUCCUCGGUGUAGGCAACGUCGUGGAUGCACCAAGAGAGAGAAUGAUGCGGGACGACGUGGAUCGAGUGCUGGACAAGGAGCAGUGGCGGUUGGAAGCACAGGCAGUGAUCGACGAUGUGAGGAAACACGUGCAGGAUCUGAGAGUGUCCGAGCGAUUGAUCAGUACCAACCAGGUGAUCUACCUGAACCUGACCACACUGGAGGGCCUGCGAUUCUGCGUGGAAUUGUCGGCAGCCGGCUUUACGAUCAUCGGCAACCAGCACGACGACACGUCGAACGUGGGUAACGAGCGCUUUGAGACACCUUACAGCUUGCUGGACUUUGUCAGCCCGCAAUACAGGAACUCCUUUGGCAAUUCGUUGCUGGAUAAGCUGAAGCAGCUGAGCGAUCGUCAACAAAUCUGAACAGAUGACUUGAAUAUAUAUAAAACUCGUUUCAGUGGACGUAAAGGCAAAUUAAGUAAUUAAUUAAAUUAUAUGUAAAUAUUAGUAUUAUUGAUACUAAUAGUACUCUAAUAAUAGUAAUAAUAGUACUCUGAUAUAGAAUUCAUCUACGAUUAGUCUGCGAAAGAUGUUGGAGGAAAAAGCAUUGCAAGUUAUUCUUUAUUUUAAAUAUAGAGAUAUAUUAUAAGUUAUUAUUUAUGUUGUGUAAAUAUAUAGAUAUUUUUUAAAUUAUAUAUAUGAAAAUUGGAAAAUUAAUAAAAGAAGUAAAUAAUCCUAGGAAAAUAUUGUAAUUUAUUAGGAAGAAUACGAAUACAAGUGAUCAAUAUUUCCUUUUCAAAUUAAAUGUAGAACUAUUCAAGCUAAAAAGUUCGGUUCUAUUUUCAAUUGUUCAGUCAAUUUACAUGUAUUAUAGGCAACAAUAUUGAUAACGUUUAUCGUAGACAACAAUGUCUAAUUAUAGACAAGGAUGGUGAUUAUUUGGUUAAUGAAUAAUUUCUACUAAAUACAAUAAAGUAAAAUCGCACGCAAAACUCGAACCAAACUUUGACUGACUGACCCAAUACAUAUAGAAGACGCGUUUUUCGGCUUCAGACAAAGUAAUUACUCGAAAUUCUUUCUGAUCGAUACCUCUUAAAAUCAUUAGAUGUGCAAAUUAAUAUGGCAUUUUUUUGAAGAAAUCGAGUCUUUAUUACAAAAAUAUAAUAAACAUCUGCGAAAUGUUCCAUCUCAAUUUAUCAAGUCAAUUUUCAAAAUAUUCGCGUCAUUUUCUAAUACUUUUCUCAAGGAAAGUAAAUGAAGACUCAAUUCCUUCCAAAAAAGCACCGAAUUAAUUUGUACACCUAUAACAUCAAACAAACAUUUUAUUAAAAA